CCAUCACCUCCCACACCCUAUGCCACGGCAAACGCGACCACCGCCCCCAAUUCAACCCCCUCUCGCAAACUCAACCCUCGGAUUACGACUAAUCGCCCAUGAAAACACCCACAAAACCGCCCAUCUACCAACGGCAACAACCCAGCGCCCAGGAUAAACCACCCACGCUGACGGAAUCGGCCCAUGAAAAUGCCUGCACAGACAGAAUCCAGCGCUGAGGCCCAUCGACGAGGACCCAGUGCCACUUGGCAAACCAACAGGGGAUACGGCACCCACCGUGCAGCCAACGCCCUUUGCGACGAGGCCACCACUGCGUCCCGCCCGACCACGGCCACCGAGACUACAUACUGACACCCAGAUGCGCCGAUACUAGGCCGUCGACAGUGAGGAUUCUUGGUGCGUACAUUCCAGGGUCGCGAGGUUGCUCCCUCUCUUAGAAUUUAUGUAUAACUUUGUAUAGUAAGUAGUUUAAGGAAUAAAACUUAAAAUCCUAAAUUU